AGGAGAAAAUCCUAAUGUGGGGCAACGUUUUAUUUAAAAAAAAAAAGAAAUGCAACAAGCAACAACAUCUUUGUGGUACAACCAGCCCCUAUCUCCUCUUUACCCACAUGCAUCUGCAGUUAAAAUGUAAAUAAAUAGAGUUAGCUAGUUGCAUGAGUGUAGCGUCCACAUACAAUAAGGUUAUGAUAAACGGCCACUGUAUAGACCAUGCAUGUGUUAAGGAUGUCUUGCAGAGCGGGGCUCGGCAACAAGCACUCUAUCGCGUUGGACAAGCUCACCGACCAUGAGAUGAUCAUCGCUUCACAGCUGGUGGUGCCUGAUGAGAUCAGUGUCAACUGGAAGGAUAUAGCUGGGCUCGACCACCUGAUCCAGGAGUUGCGAGAAACUGUCAUCCUGCCGAUCCAGAAACGAGAGCUGUUCGCUGACAGCAGGCUGACGCAGCCACCCAAGGGCGUGCUUCUGCAUGGUCCCCCAGGUUGCGGUAAAACCCUGAUAGCUAAAGCAACAGCGAAGGAAGCGAACAUGAGCUUUAUAAAUCUGGACGUAUCGCUAUUGACGGACAAGUGGUAUGGCGAGACGCAAAAAUUGGCAGCCGCUGUAUUCAGCCUUGCAGUCAAGUUGCAGCCUUGCAUCGUGUUCAUAGACGAGAUCGAGUCGUUCCUGCGUACGCGCACGCAACAUGAUCACGAGGCGACCGCCAUGAUGAAGACGCAGUUUAUGUCGCUGUGGGACGGCCUCAUCACCGAACCAACCUGUACCGUCAUUAUAAUGGGUAAGUCCACACGUUUCUUGUAUAUUAUGUACUAGGUUGUGCUUGCGAUUCCGCUUGCGUUUCCAAUAAAUAAAUUUGACUAAAAUGAAUAUCCCUAUUGUUAUAAUUUGUUGAUAAUGGAUUGCGUUAAAUCGUGGACGACUCAUGCGCAUGCUUCACCAAAAUGUUGGACAUUUUCGGCGGGUAAUCGGGCGGGUACACGGUAAGGAGUCAGUAAAAACCGACAAAAUUAGACAGCGUUAUGAAUUUGGUAUAAUAUUUUUCAUAUUUUGGAUAUGUUUAGUAAAGCGUCUUUUUUGAAAAUGGGUGCACGUUUUUUGGAUCCCAUUCGGGCGUGGAUUUACUUUCCGGAUAUGCGGUCAUUAUAGCAUCCAGUGGAAGACAUAUUAGUGAAUUGUAAAACAAAGCCUUUUAUUUUGGAAUCAUUCCUACCAAUGAAGAAGAUUUAUUUAAAUAAAACGGUAUCAAGUAAUAUUCUUAAAACUCCGUUAAAAUGUUGUUUAUGGUCUUCAAAUCGUCAUUCAAUAAUGUACCGUUAUUAAAUUAAGACGAUGUCUCUUGAGCCACAAGCUUGCGAAAAGUUAUCAAAACUUUCCUCAGGUUUAAGUCUAGACAAAUAGUUACAUCGACGCAGAGAAAUUAUCAAAAUUUCACUCAGGCGUAAGCCUAGGGAGACACUACAGUGCAGAAGCCUUGUUUUAAAGAAGAUUGCAAUGAAACGAAUGAAGGAUGUAUAUUACAUGAUUGUCACUGGAAGACUUUGUCACUCGGGGCUCGAAUCCACGAAAGUUUUCACUGAAAAAAAUCGAGGGCUAAGGUCUAGGCAGAUAUACGCAUUGGUGAAGCAGUUGUGGUUUAAGAAAAUUAUAAUAAAUUUAUGUUGGAAUGAAUUAUCACUAGCAGUUCUGUCUCUUGAGGCACACGCCUGAGAGAAAUUAUCAAAAUUUCACUCAGGCGUAAGCCUAGGGAGAUCAUCACUACAGUGCAGAAGACUUGUUAUAAAGA